GAUCAUUUUCAGUUCUUACUAAUGUAUUUCAAUCUAAAAAUAGAUAAUUGAAGGCAAGUUGGUAUAGAGGUUAUGGUAUUUUAAAGAUGAUGAUGAACCCCAUUUUCAGGAUGAGCAAUCCAUAGUCUUUUCCUGUUAUGGACUUGAUCACAUAUGCCCAACGAACCCUUGCUUUCUUCUACAUUCCCUUAUAAAUUUGCAUGAUUCUCAGCCCUUUACAGCACAAGAGAGCAACAAUCUCAAGAACAGAAUGGCCUUCCGUGCGACGCUUGUGUUCAUCACUCUCCUUUCCGUAGCCACCUCCAUGUCCUCAGCUGCAAUCAUCAACGCUGGGAUUCUUGGAGGUGUGCUCACUUGUACUAACACAUCCAUAGCCAUAGUCGGGACGUAUCCCGUUAUCUCACAUGCAAGAGUGAAUCUUGUCUGUGGGAGUGGCUCAUUGGCACAAGUGGUUAGAUCAGUUGUCACGGAUACUGCUGGACUUUACAACUUUCUCUUUACCACUCUCGACACUGUGUUGGCUGACCCUGGAAGCUGCUACCUCACCGCCGCCAUUCCAUCCGGCUCUUGCUUCUUUAGCCUUCCCUCUGGUGUUCUGAGGAUCCCUGUUGUUGUUCUUGGCACAAUCGAUGCGUUGGUCGGACAAUUGCUCGUUCUUGCUCCCGGGCCAAUGUCCUUUGUGGUUCCGGCCUAAUCAGCUGCAAAAUAUCCGCCACCAUGCAUGGUUCAUGAAAUAAGGAGAAGUUAAGGAGAUAGAGACUUCGAUUAAUGCUAAUGUAUUGCCCAUAAGAUGGUUCAUCUUUGAUCAUUGUGAUGUUUCUUUUCUUUACAUUAAUAAAGCAUGAGCAUUCUGGUUAAAAA